AACGUGCACAAGGUUACCCAGAUCGGAGAAGAAUUAUUUCGAAGCGAUGGAGGCAGCUACAUAUCAACAGGCACCAAAUCGGGAUAUAUAACCCGAGGUAACGUACAUGCGUGCGUUUGAAAGUUGUACAGUAUGCAGAAUGAAGAACACAACCUGUCAUUCUUUUAAACAAGAAGAAAAUGAUAAAAUGAUAAACAAUGAAACUAGGGACUAGGCUCCUGCUGACCCAAUUCACCCUGGUUAACAUGAAGGUCAUCUCUACAAGAAAGUCUAUGUGCUGCACCACUAUUUUCACUUUUUCUCUCAACAAUAGAAUUGCCCCUCCUUCCUUAGACGGCCGCCCCUCCCAACUGCUGAACCGCAAUAGAUGCCGUCCAUUUACAUUCUUCUUUGGAGAGUGACUUGUGUUAUGAUAACCACCCAGUCACUUGAAGUGAAGGUAUAUAAAGGCAACUUCGCCCGAGUUUUAGUCGAAGAUCAGUCGGAUCUUUUAAUAAGACAACAUGGUGGCUCUGGCAAAGAUGGAAAAAAUUCUUCUAGUUUUGGUCGUUUGCACAACGGCCAUAUUUGGACAGAAUGAUAUGUAUUCGACUGAAGCCAAACACCGUUCAAUUGGCAAUCGCCCACCACCUUUCGCCUUUUAUUCUCCACAUCCGCCUACUUACGGUGUCCCUCCUCCUCAGCGCGUUCCUCCCUACCAAACUAAGUAUCCCGUAUCACGACCAACUUAUGUGGCCCCUCCUUCGUACCCUGUUAGGCCCUCACAUUCUCCCCCUGCUUACCGAAAUGCUCACCAAACGGCUCAUCGUGUUCCAGCGUAUCAAAUUCCGUAUCCAGCUGCAGCUUCUUCAAGACCAAUGACGACUUAUGCAGCUCCAGCACCGCAAAAGCCAAUUUAUUCGACUCCGGUGACUCCUAGACCACCAGUUUAUUCGCCUCCUGCUAAUCCCCCGCAUCAUUCAACCUUCAAUUAUAUGGGUCAUCAAGCCCACCGUGUUCCAGCGCCACCUACCACACCAACCCCAGCCAAAGUUCCGUUCACGUAUCCAUCGACCACACCGAAACCCUACGCCUACAGCGCUCCAUCAGCUCCAGUGACCGGACCAAGUUUGUUGGAUCUUCCUUGGGUGAAACCGUUGUAUGCCCGAUCUCCUUCUCCCCCUGCAACUGAAAAAUAUUCCUGGAACGUUCAACAAGUCAGGCCAGCCGUUGCCGUUGUUCGAGAUGAUUCCGAAGAAGAUGUUGGUGUUUUCAUUUCUAGCGUGAAUACCCCAGUUUCAGUCCCAGCUGCAACACCAGUUCGGUCACAAAACUUUGAAGUUCGAGGAAUCCCUCAGGAAACUAGAGCACCCGUUGCUAUUCCAGCGCCAACCCAAAUGCCUGUUAUUAUUCAAGAUGACUCGGACGAGGACAUCCAGAUAGUCCAGGAAGUAACCAGACGAACACCUUUACCGUCGAGUCCCCUUAUAAUUCGAGAUGAGUCACAAGUUGCAAGAUUUGCACCUAUGCCAACUCAGGCGCCGUUUGUUCCAGCAGUAAUUCGAGCAGAUGACUCGAGACAACAGAUGCAGAAUCCUGCGGCACAAAGAGCUCCUUCAGUACCUUUACCAACUACAACACAAGUGCAAAACGUCCGUGUUAUAGUCCGAGAUGACUCUGUUGAAGACAUUCAGAUCGCUCAACGAGUUAUCCCAUCUCCACCAAGAGCACCUCAACCUUCGGUUAAUCCUAUUAUAAUCCGAGAUGACUCUAUUGAAAACAUUCAGAUUGCUCAACAACAACGAGUUAUACCUUCUGCACCAAGAGCAACCCAACCUUCGGUUAAUCCGAUUAUAAUCCGAGAUGACUCAAUUGAGGACAUUCAAGUCGUUCAACGAGUUAUCCCAUCUCCACCAAGAGUACCUCAACUUUCAGUUAAUCCAAUUGUAAUCCGAGAUGACUCUGUUGAAGACAUUCGAUUUGCUCAACAAGUCAUCCCGUCUGCACCUAGAGCACCUCAACCUUCGGUUAAUCCGAUUAUAAUUCGAGAUGACUCUGUUGAAAACAUUCAGAUCGCUCAACAAGUAAUACCUUCUCCACCUAGAGCAACUCAACCUUCUGUUAAUCCAAUUAUAAUCCGAGAUGAUUCGAAUGAAGAUAUCCAAAUAGUCCAACAAGUCUUCACUUCUACACCUUCACCUAGGACAACAGCGACACCGGCGAAUUUAUUUAUAAUUCGAGAUGACUCAGUUGAAGAUGUUCAACUAAUCCAACAAGUCCCCACUUUUACACCUUCACCUUUGACAGCAGCGGCGCCAGUGAAUCCAAUUGUUAUCCGAGAUGAUUCCAUUGAAGACAGACAGGUGAUCCAGCUAGGCCAACAAUUUCAAACUACCGCACCAUUAGGAGGGACACUACCACGGGCGAAUCCAAUUAUCGUCCAAGAUGAUUCAAUUGAAGAUUUCCAGAUAGUCCAAAGAAUUCAACAAGUUGCAACUAUUACGCCCUCGCCUUUGGCAACGCAGACGCCAAGAAUUCCAGUCGUGAUUCGAGAUGACUCGAUUGAAGAUGAUGACGACAGGAUCGUUCGCCUUAACUUGCCUGCACCAAACAACAAUGUAAUAGCUUCACCUCGACCAUCAGAGAUUCCAUUUGUAAGGCUGGACAACUCAGAUGAAUUUUUAUUCCGCGACGUUCCCAUAGGCGUUCAACCCGUUCCAAAUGCUCCCGUACUAGCCUCUGUUCCAACGGCUACUCAGGCUCCGGGCACUCAAAAUUUAUUUUUUAGAGACUCGGACGAAGAUUUCCGAAUCCUUCAGAAUGCCCCCGGAUCUCCAAUUCUUAGAACGGCAACACAAGACAAUUCACUUGAAGUCCGCUCGAAUCUCUCGAAUGAAGAUAUUGAACUGCGAUUGCUUUCUCAAGGAGUUACUGCUUCAAAUAUUAAUUUGUCUGGGCCAUUACCAACCACUCCCGCACCCCGUCGUGUUGUCUUGGUGGACUCGGUCGAAGAUACUCGGAGAAAUCCUGGAGUUCCCAUUUCGAAUGUCCAACUAUCUGGAUCUGCAGAUGUUUUCUUAGUGAAUUCAAACGAAGAUCUUCGGAUUGCGCAGCAAUUUCCUCAACCCAAUGUCUCGUUAUCUGGGCCGUUGCCAGGGAAUUCUACACCACCCCGUUUUAUUUUAGUGGACUCGACCGAAGAUAUCCAGGCUGCUCAACAAGUUUCCCUCUCUAACGUUUCUCCAUCUGGAUCUUCACCUGCGAAUGCCCCUUCUGUUAUUUUAAUAGAGUCAGCAGAAGAAAACCAGCAAGCACAAAAUGUAAACCCACUUUUACAGUCGGCAAAUGUCGUAUUAAGACAAGAUUCACUAGAAGUUCCAGAUCGAAGUGACGAAGUCCGAAUUCCAACGACGGUAACCAUUUCCCAAGUAUCUACUAAUCUUGCCAAUUGAUUAUGAUUUACACAGUAAUUUGUUUUCACACGUCUUUGUUUACCAAUAAAUUAUUUUUUUGUCUUA